AUGUAUCCAAACCAAGCUCCAACUCUUCUCCAAGUUAUUUAUGUUGUAGUCCCAACGAUAAGUCUAGUUGGAAAUACACUUAUCGUAUACGCGACAGUGGUAUCGAGGAAGUUACGGAAUCCCUGCAACAUUUUUAUUGCAUCAGUCGCUCUGGGAGACGUUAUGUUUAUGUUUUCUUUCUUCAUAAGUGCUGCUACGUACAACAUGUAUGAUGACCAUCACAUCCCGCAAGAUAUUUGCGUUUAUCUUCAUAUAGUUCCUACCUUUGGCCAGUCUUUUUCAUUCAUGCUCCUUCUCAACUUGGCUAUAGACAGACUUCUAUCGCUGACAACUUCUUACAAUGUUCUGACCAAGUAUUAUACCAAAAUGUAUAUAACUGUGCAACUUCUGCCAGGGUGCAUUUAUGGAGGUGGUAUAACUGUAAUGGCAUUUCUCAUGCGGGUAGCUGACAUAAACGUCAUCUGCACAAUGGCUGCGCCACUACGUCCACCACUAGUUGGAAUUUGUGCCCAGAUUGGCACCACCUUAUGCGUAUUAUUGAUCAUUUGCUACAGUUUGUUUGGAAUUCUCAUACGAAAAUUGCGGAUGAGUACCGAAAGCAUGAAGAACGUUUAUCGUUCGCUAUUUGUAAUCACUAUCUCAAUCAUUUUCGGAUAUUUCGGCGCGAUGGCCAUUGCAAUGACAGAUGAUCUUACCAAUCCUUCAGUAUUUCCGAUACAACUAGCCGGACUCUGUAUGAGUUUUGGGACAUCGGUCAAUUUUUUUGCUUACUACUGGUUGAGAGUCGGUCCACCUUCAACGAUCGCUCCUGAAGUAGUGUUCAUUGAUGGAGACCUGCAGACAUGCGCAGCUGAGUUAAUUGCUCCCUAUCGUGAAGUUUUCGACAGCGUACUUGGAAUCGGUCGAAUAAAGAAUAUCAUUCUUCCAAAAAACAAUUUGAGGAUUCAACAUACAACAACUCGUCUCUCGACUGUGUUCCGUGAACUGUAA